AUGAAGAAAAUUUUGGCUAAGAAACCCAACAGAAGGAGGUUUAAGCAAGUCUCCUCGAGAACAAAGUCAAUCUCCAGUCCGAAUCCGACACCGCACUACAUCCCUCUCGAUCUCCAGGUUGAAACACUCUUAAGGUUGCCUGUCAAGUCUUUAUUGAGAUUUCAAUGCGUCUCCAAGCUUUGGUCCUCUAUCAUCACCAGCCAAGAUUUCAGAAACCGGCAAUUAAACUUUGCUGCUUCCUCAGCUCCUCGUCUCCUCAUCACUUUCGCCAAGGUUUACGGAAAAGAGCUCCUGUUAUUCUCGUUACCUUACCCAACCGCAUCUUCCUCUUCAUCUUCUUCAUGUUGUGUACCAUACAAAGAUUUGAGCAUACUCAAACUCCAUGGGAGAAAGGUGUACAAUGCGGCUCGUGGCUUGAUAUGCGUUGGAACUACACAGAGGGUGGCGAUAUGUAACCCGGCCACUUGGAAGGUCCAUGUUUUCCCCCGAAUCAUAUUCGAAAAUAUUCCUCGUGAUGGUGAACCGCCUUCCAUCUAUUUUUUAGGGUACGAUCCUGUUGGAGAUCAAUACAAAGUGCUCGCGGUAGAUAGAUCGCGUUUGAGAUUAAAGCACAAGGUUGUGGUAUUGGGAGGAGAAACAGUUAAUUGGAGAGCGGCUCCUGAUAUUUCUGUAAUUGUUAGUUUCGAUGUUAGGAAUGAAACGUUCAAGAGCAUCUACAUACCUGUGGUUUAUGAGCUUACGUGGCAUACAUAUAAAACUCUGAUCAACUACAAUGGAAAAGUUAGUGUUGUCGAGCAUCCUCGUGAGGGUAGGUUUCGAAUGUGGAUUUUGGAAGAUGUUGAGAAAGAGGAAUGGUCCAUGAACACUUUUCAUAUGCCCGAAUCUGUUGCUGGCCUUGACUUCGACAUUGUUGGUACUUUUCAUACCGGUGAUAUUUGUCUAAUUCCAAAACAAUUCUCUGAGCCGUUUUGUCUAGUCUUCUACAAUUUGAAGACGAAUAGCACGAGAAAUUUUAUGAUUGAAGGACUGAAUCAAGAAUUGUAUGGUCCCGAGCUUAAGAAGGCCACUGAAUAUAAUGUGAGUGUUUCGGAUCAUUUUGAGAGCUUCAUGUUAUUAAAAGCCUGA